AUGUCGGUUCUCCUGGAGACCAGCUCUGGCGAUAUUGUUAUCGAUCUCUUGGUCGAUCAUGCGCCAAAGCUAUGCGAAAACUUUCUGAAGCUUUGCAAGGUCAAAUACUACAACUUCUCUCCUGUUCACUCCGUCCAGAAGAACUUCUCCUUCCAAACUGGCGACCCCCUCGGCCCUCUCUCGAAAGACUCUGAUGGAGGCUCCUCGAUAUGGGGUCACGUAUCCGGCGACCCGUCGCAACGAACCUUCCCAGCCUUUUUCCACCCCAAAUUGAAACACUUGGAGAAGGGAACAGUUAGCAUGGCCACGGCGCCCCUCCAGUCCGACCCUGAUGUUCGUGUUGCGGGCUCACAGUUCAUCAUCACAUUGGGCGAGGAUACGGACUACCUAAAUGGAAAGGCAGCGAUUUUUGGAAAGGUCGUCGAAGGCUUUGAGGUGUUGGACAAGAUCAACGAGGCGAUUGUGGACGAGAAGGGUCACCCGCUUAUCGACAUUCGUAUCAAGCACACCGUCAUUUUAGACGAUCCAUACGCCGAUCCGCCUGGCUUGAGAGAACCGAGUUCAAGCCCUCCCCCUACCGACCAGCAAUUGAAGACCGUUCGAAUCGCGGAUGAGGCAGCGCUGCACGCAGACGAUAAUGUCGACGAAGAAGAGUUGGAGAGAAGACGUCGUAAUCGGGAGGCUCAGGCACAAGCUCUCACUCUGGAAAUGAUGGGAGAUUUGCCGUUUGCCGAAGUCAAGCCUCCCGAGAACGUCUUGUUCGUCUGCAAACUGAACCCCGUUACCGGAGACGAAGAUUUGGAACUCAUCUUUGGUCGAUUCGGCAAGAUCUUGAGUUGUGAAGUCAUUCGAGACGCAAAGACGGGCGACAGCUUACAAUAUGCAUUCAUUGAAUACGAAGAUAAGGCAUCCUGCGAAGCCGCCUACUUCAAGAUGCAGGGAGUUCUGAUUGACGACCGACGUAUUCACGUGGAUUUCUCUCAGAGUGUCAGCAAGCUCAGCGAUGUCUGGCGAAAGGAUGCCAACAACAAACGCAGAACGAAUGCAGGCCGAGGCGGCUGGGGAGGUGUUGACGAGCUUGAGAAGCGUCGCCAGUACCGCAAUGAGGGUGAAAAGGCCACAGGUGGUAACUACAAGAUGGUCUACGAAGAUGAGAUGAAGGACAAAUUAGGUCGGGAUGGACCCAAGCAGGAGAAGGAGGAUGGACCACCACCAAGACCACAAGGUGACGGAGGACCAUCACGCCGACGAAGUAGAAGUCGAAGCCCGCGACCAAGCGACCGAAGUCGGGACCGUCAUCACAAGCCAAGAGACGAUCGUCGAGGCGAUAGAAGAGAUAGGGACCGUCACGAUCAAGAUAGAAACCGAUACCGGGACCGCGAUCAUCGAGACCGAGGCAGAGAAGGGGAUCGAUACGGUCGGGAUGACUAUAACCGUAGGCCCAGAAGAUAA